AUGGAGGAGUUUCCUGGCCGCGUGAUGCACUCACACGACUUCCGAAAUGCCUAUCAGUUCCAAGGACAGACGCUUCUUGUGGUCGGCUCCAGCUAUUCCGCUGAGGAUAUCGCUUUGCAAAACCUCAAAUAUGGCGCCAAGAGGAUCAUUUGCUCCUACAAGACCAGGCCGAUGGGCUUCAAGUGGCCCCCUGAGAUCACUGAGAAACCACUGCUAACAAAGAUCGAAGGCAAAACUGUCCACUUCAAGGAUGGUACCACUGCCGAUGUGGACGCCAUCAUUUUGUGCACCGGCUACUACUUCCACUUUCCGUUCCUUGAAGAGCGCCUUCGGCUGAAGGCCAGGAAUAUCUUGUACCCUGCCGGGAUGUACAAGAAUGUGCUGUGGACCGAGGCUGGCAACAACAAGGUUUUCUACAUUGGAAUGCAGGACCAGUACUACACUUACACCAUGUUCGACGCGCAAGCCAAGUGGACCGUGAACUGCAUCACAGGGGAGCUCAAGCUCCCUGACAAGGAAGCCAUGAAGAAGGACAUUGAGAAAUGGAUCGCAAAGUAAUAAAUUAUAGAGCAAUCUGUCCUGGAAUAUUGAAUGAAUCAUCGCGAAUUCCUGCGCGGGUCUCGUCCCCCCAGUCCCCUCGACUGCUCUCGAAAAUUUGGCGUCGCCCUUAAAACUAAUCAGAUGGAAACUAAAACAAACCACUACUCGACCAAUCAGAAUCAAAGCUUAACCCAAAAUCAUCCAUUGCACAAUCGCGCUUCCCGCCCCAUUAUGCCCGAUUACUUGUGUUUACUUUGUGUUUUUAUUGGCUUCUUGUUCCUUUGAUACUUUUAUUCAAAUGUUACGACAUACACACUCAAUCGAAGUGCACUCAACAGGAACUUAUCUUGAUACGUUGAAAACAGCUUCGUUGCUGUCGAAAGGGAGACCCGAACGUGUAGAUAUUUGGUAUCCUGGCUUAAAGUAUUGAAUAUAUUCCUUUGUUUUUAGAUAAGAGCUGCAGACUUCAAUAAGAGCACCAAAAAUUUCAUUAGAAGAAAGGAACCACUUAACGGAUCAUUUACAGAACAUGUCACAAAUGAUACUAAAAUGGAAGUUUUUUAUUUUUUCUUUCAUAAUUUCAGAAUGAAUGAACUGAAAGACUGCCACGAUGAUAUAAAUUUCCAGACUGAAUACUUGGUCGACAUCGCCAAGGAUGCAAACUACGGAUAUGACCUGGACACCGCCCAACAGUUCCAUGACUGGGAACAUCACAAACAUGAGGACAUCCUCACUUACAGAGAUCGAAGCCACGCAAGCAAGUUUACUGGAACCCAGUCCCCAAUUUACCACUCUACAUUCAUGAAAGCCCUUGAUGACUCGAUGGCGACUUUUCUGAACACCAAACCCUAA